AUGAUGGUUCCGCACCAACCUAAUGAUGCGAUGCGAGAAAUUCAGGAGGCUCAGAAGGAGCAAAGGACAGCGUUGGGCAUGCUUACAAAGCAGUUAUCUCAAGUCACCAUGUCGCUGGGAGAGCUGAGAGGAAACGAAGGGAAAAUCCCUGCCACGGUGCAGCAGCCUGGGCGGGAGAACAUAAGUGAAGUCUCCCUGAGGUCAGGGAAGAGCCACCAAGAAGAAGGAGAGUCCAGUGGAGCUGAUCAAGCCAAACAAAGAGAUAAAGGGAAAGCGAAAGUGGGCGGCGAGACCUCAGGAGAGAGUCAAGGAGAAGAAGCCGAGAAGGUCAAGCCGUACCCAUACCGCGGAAUGGUGACCAGGAAGAAAGAUGCCACAAUCAAUGUGGCCAGUACGUUCAAAGAUGUGGAAGUCAAAGUACCACUCUUGACGACAUUAAAGAUGCCCCCGAUCAGUAAAUUCAUCAAGGACUACCUGGCGGGGAAGGUCAAUGAAUACGGGAGAAUGAUCACAGAAGAGAAUGUCUCUGCAGUAAUCCAGCGGAGCGACCUCCCCUCAAAGAAGACCGACCCAUGGAUGUUUACACUCCUGCUUUCAAUUGGGGAUAUUCAAGUGGAGCACGCAAUGUGCGAUUUCGGGGCAUCCAUCAACGUUCUGCCGUAUGCUAUUUAUAAGAAGCUGGGAGAGGCUAAGCUCGUCGAUACAGACAUCAUGAUACAACUGGCCGACAGAUCUUGCAUUCACCCGGAGGGAAUUCUAGAAGAUGUAAUAGUGAAGGUGAAUGACUUUCUAUACCCAGCCGAAUUCUUCGUCAUCAAGAUGACAGAGCCUGCGGCGAAGGAGUCAAGUGGAGUCCUGUUGGGAAGAUCGUUCUUGUCUACGGCCAGCACUAUAAUCGACGUCCGUAAUGGGAAGAUUAAUUUGGAUUUCAACGGAGAACAGUUUACGUUCAACAUCGACAAAGCAAUGAAGAGGCCGGCAGACAGUGAAAAUGUGUACUCAGUGGAUGUGACCGAGCCGCUGGUGCAGGAGUAUCUGGAAGAGGAGUUCUUAUAA